GCGCCGACUCAUCCUUCUCGGGGAACGCGCUUUCAUGGCACGAGCGCGCGCGAAGCGGUGUGCAGAUGUGUCGCAGAUUUUGUAAAGUCACUGAGUCCUGGGGAAGUCGCUCCAGAUACACCGGCCUCUGAAAGUGGCAGCAAACCGAAGCGGCGACAGAGAAGAGGGAGCCGAGGCACGCGCCCUCAAUAACAGUUACCGUUAGCUUAGUUUGUGAGGGAGAAGGACGGACGUUAGUUUGACAGUAAAAUCCCCACGGAGGAUUGGUGCGCGCGAGAGAUGGAGCUCUCUGCCAUUGGAGAGCAAGUGUUUGCCGUGGAAUCAAUUCUGAAGAAAAGACUCCGAAAGGGUAAUGUGGAGUACCUGCUGAAGUGGAAAGGAUGGCCUCCAAAGUACAGCACCUGGGAACCUGAGGAGCACAUCCUGGACCGGCGCCUGGUGCAGGCGUUCGAGGACAAAGAAGAGAAAGACAGAGUCAUUGGCCACAGGAGGAAAGGAUCCAAGUCAAAACGACUCCUGCUGCAGAACACCGUUUACACCAUGGAUCUCCGCAGCGCUCACAAGAUUCCCGCCAAGCCUCCUCCUCGCCUGCAUCUCUCUCUGACGCGCUCCCUGGUUCCUGACGACGAGGAGGAUGAGGAUGGGGCCUGCGUUCCUUCUCGAACGCAUCGAAAGAGCAAGCAGAGCAGACGACUUAGCUUAAACCUCCAGGGUCCCUCACAAGAGGCCUGGGAGGAGGAGGAAGAGGAGGAGAACAGUGCAGAGGAUAGUGAACACAGAGAGGAAGAGGAGGCUGAGAUGGGAGAAGGUGUUUUUAACGGACACAGGGGCCCAGAUAACUGGAGCACAGCAGUGGGGUCCGGCGGCUCAGACAAACUGUGGCGACCCAUGGUGGCCCCAGGAGAGGUGACAGUCACAGACGUCACCCUCAAUGCCCUCACAGUGACCUUCAGGGAGUCCAGAGCGGCCAGAGGAUUCUUCCGGGACUGGGGCCUGGAGGUGUGGGAGCAGGUGGGUGAUGGGGCCCCUCAGAGCUGCUGGAGGCACUGACUCUGACACGCUACUGGAGCCGCUCGGUUUAUACGCACAGAGUCAGCAGUGCCUUACAAAAGUAUUCACACCCCUUGCACUUGUCCACUUUUCAUCAUGUCACAACCGUAGACGUCGCUGUGUAAUAUGUGGAUUUAAUGAGACAGACCAACACACAGGGUAGAUAUAGAAAAUCAAAAGAGAAUGAGGUCUGGUUGUCAACAUUUUUUACAAUUAAAAGUCUAAAUUUAAGUGUGGCAUCCAUUUUGAAUUCCCUACAACAGCUCUAACAGUGUUGCCAGAUUAGACGAGUUUCCUUUUUUGGGGCUGGAUAGAGCAGCUUGUGGGGGUCUGUUAAAGUCAGAGCUGCUUCUCGCAACAUUUGGCAGGUUUUUAGAAAGUGUUCAGAGGAAAACUCUGUAAAUAUAGCUGUCAGUGUGUAGCAGAAAAGCACUAAACAUAUAGAAAUGCUGGGUCCUCGCUCUCAUUUUGUCAGUUCAUUUAUUAUGAAACGUAACAUCACGUCAUAAUAUGUGAUAUCGGUUCUGGUAGAAAACACUUUUCAGAUUUUGACAAGUAAGAGUGUUAAACCGUGAUUUACUUUUCCCUUCUCAAUUAUGCUCCACUCUGUGUUGGUCUCUCCUGUAAAAUGGCAACAAAGCACAAGAGUUACGGUUUAAACAUGACCAAAAGCUGGAAAUCUUCAAAAUGUAUGAAUAUUUUUGCAAUGUAUGGUUGAUCUGGUCACUUUAAGUGGAAUACAUCGGAGUUCAAACCCAUCAAGUACUUGUAGCUGACAGGAAGGAAAUGACACAAGCGCAGACAGCUGAGAGCAGCUGGUGAUUGGCUUAAAGGUUUUCUUCAUUCCAGUGAAUCAUAACAUACAUAAAAAAAAAACAUUUUAAAUAACACUUUUCUGUUUAAGCUGGUGGACAGUUAUUUCCAGCAAUAAAACCUCUUUACUGAUGAAAACAUACAGACUUCUUGACCAGAUGAAAUAGUUUUAUUGUUUUUGCUCAAUCCAGAAAACAUUAGUUUCCAAAAGGGUUGCUUCAUUUAGCUUGUGACAUUUUCUUUCUGUCAUGGAGGGUUCUCCAUCCAUCCAUCCAUCUCUCCACCCACCUAUCCAUCCAUCCUUUUCUUUAUCCCGUCGGGGUCAGGAGGGGUGCUGAUGCCUAUCUCCAGCUGUCAACACCCUGGACAGGAUGCCAGUCCAUCGUAGGGAGCGUUCUCCCACAUCCACUAAGCAAUGCAGAUAAAACUGUUACCGUCAUGCUGGUUGAGUUAACCAAGUUACCUAGAACGUGGAGGAAGAAUCAGCUUUUGACAGAGAAAUAUGUAGUCAGAAGAGGGAAUUUUAAAACAAUGUUUUUGUAUCUCCAGUGAACUGAGGACCUGCAGGGUCUAAAUGUAACCCAACUACAGACUUGCGUUAGUUUUUCUUUCCCACACCAUGGUUUCAGACUCUGACUCACUCUUACAGUAAAGUGUGUCAAAUUUAACACCACAACAACCUCAAGGACCCAUUAGCUAUCUGAUGCUAAAGUGGAGCUGAUGAGGAGGAAAACUCAUCAGCCAGCACCUAGCUAACGUUUUAACAGCUAGCUAGGAGCCAUAUUUGUAUUUCUUUACAUUUCUUUUCAACAUACUUGAUUAAUUGAACAUUUAAUAUCCAAUCAACCUUAUUUUGAAAGAAUAUUUUCUCACUUGAAAUUGUGUAAUUUAUAGCAAAAUAUUCGCAUAAAAUGCAGCUAUAUUAUAUAUAAGACGAGGAAAUGCACUUUCUAACAUAUCAGAAUGAAUUGGAGCUCUGGUGACUAACUAGAAGGGAUCUGGGUGAAGUAGAGGAGUCCUCUGCGCUUGUCAACACAGCCACUGGUUCCUCUCUUCCCUCUUCCACCGUUAUCCUGGACCCAGACAUGUUGUACAUACUCCAAACUACCUAGUCUGGGUUUGUAGCGUUUCAAAGUCUACUGAGAGACGAUUGGAUCCGCCCGCAUGCCUCUCUCCUCUCUCCUCUAGUGCAAAGACGCACAGCAUAGUUUCUCUCAACCACCCAGCUCUGCGUCAUGAAACCACAAAGCAGAAGCCACAAACGGACCAAACUCUGAAACCACAUGGCAGAAUGUAUUAUGGUGGUGUGUUAACACAGUCACACUGGUGUGUGUCCAUCAGAGCUUGACCAGAAGUUUCAUUACAGUUUCAAGAGUUUCAGAAUCUCAACGUUACAACGAUUGUGUAACGUUACCAGGCUGAUGUAUUUGAUUUUAUCUGCUGUUUGCAGGUUUAGAUUUAAAAAAAAACACAAACAGAAACAAUUCUGACCUUUAUUCUACAAACAAAAAUAAAUAAAAAAACGUGCAAAAGUAUUCACAUUCCUUGAGGUUUUUCACGUUUUGUCACGUCACAACCACGAUCUCCACCGUGUACUACUGAGGGGUUUAUGUGCCAGACCCACACAGAAUGGUGGGGCUGCGAAUAACUAUCACUUUAGUUAUUGAUUAUUCUGAUGAUUGAUCAAUUAGUCUGACUAAACCAUCGCUACAUUAACCAUUUAAGGAUUUUUUCUACAAUAUCAAAAAUGCAUUGAAAGAUGCAAAUAAACAAAUAAUUCAGUUCCAUUUCUAAAUGAGAAGUUAAAAGUUUGAUUGCUUAAAAUGCAUUCUUUUACAUCAUUUGGAUGCAUCUGCAGCAGAACAAUAUUUCUAACAUUAACAUGUGAAAAGCUCAGCUCAUUUCUGCUUCCCUUAAUAUCAAUACAGUGUAAAGCUGAUCUGUUGACGAGUUUUUGGAUUAAAUGAUUACUUAAAAUGUGCUCAAUGGAUUUGAUUUCAAAACACUUGGAUCAGACAAAGCUAAGACUACGCUACUGGAGGAGUUCUGUGUAGAACAUAUUUAUAGACAGAAACAUUUUUUAUCUUAAAUGUAAAAUGUAUAUAUUUUUUAGCUUAAUUACUGCUCUGAAUAUGUUGUUCUUUCAGCAAUUGGCCUCUGCUCGAGUCUGUAUGCUCUAGUUAACAAUUAAUCGAUUAAUAAAUUAGUUGACAAUUGUUACCGAUUAAUCGCUUCAGUCCUAUGGAACUGUGUGCAUUUGAAAUCAGCCCCACUUACUUUGCUACCUAUAAAUAAACUCAGAAGGCACUUUGAGUUCACAGAGUCAUGCAUAUGUGGAAAUCGCUGCAUGAACUCAGCUUCACAAGAUUUGUUCCAGAACAAUCUACGUAUACACUACUUAGUGUUGGUCUAUUGUAUAAAAAACUAUUAAAAUACGCUGAUGUUUAUGAGUGUAAUGUGACAAAGUGUUAAAGAGUUCCAGGGUUGUGAGGCGCUGCACAUUUAACGACCCAGUAGCUUUAGCCAGACUCUGUGAACAAGAUCUGAGGCCAUGUCCUGAUGAUGAUGAUGAUGAUGAUGAUGAUGGACUUUUUAUCAGUGAAAAUGAAAGUGCCUACCGCUGCACUGUUUGUUUCGAUGUAACCGUGGCGCUUUUAAGAAUAAUAUCUCUCCACAUGACUAUUUAUUUAUUUUUCUCCUCUCCACUGAUGUAAGAUAGAAACUGUUGCCUGGAGACCGCCUGGUUGGACCGUAAGCAGAAACACAUUUUUCUAUGUCAUUUUUCUACAUUGACCUGAAUGUAUAUUGAUUAUGUAUGGGUCCUGCAUAUAACUGCACAUGAUUGUUUUCUACAGUUUGUUAAAACCAAGAUUCCAUUUACAGAGUAGCUGUGCUGAUGUGAUAGAACAAGCGCCCCCUACAGGGCUUCAUGUUGCCUCCUGUUGUCGCUUGCGCCGCAUGUCCACCACCGAGCGCAGAAGCUAAGCACUGUACCGCGAUGUGAAUCCGCACAUUACCUGCUCCAGUCUAUCAAGUGCUGUCGUGUUUCGACUGCUUGUUGGGAAACAUGAAAAUAAAUGUUGCACAUGUUUACUAUGA